UCAACCACUCAGGCUAUUCCAUCUUUGACUCAGGGUAAAUCCACUUAUCGUGCCAAUGUAUAUAUGCUAAUAAAGUAGCCAAGGCUGAAUCCACCAUGCGCAGUCCCAAGAUCGCCAAAUACCCUGAUACCCCAUUCAAUCCAUCUUACAAACAGUAUCUGCAGACCUUCUUCACCGACAUUGACAAACCCGACCCAGAAGACUGGAAAGGUCUCUUCACUCCAGAUGCGACUGUCAUCAUGGGUGCGAAGAAACUCGCAGGUGAAAAUGAAAUUUUCGCAUGUAAUACCACCGUCUUGAAUGAAUGCCAGCGAGUCCAUCGAGUGAAUCAAGUCUUCCCCUUUGGCCUCAACUCUGAUUCCGCCAUGGUGACUGGCGUGUUGGAGCUGGUGUAUCCGGAAGGAAGAGACUCGACAGACUUUGCGGCAUACUGCCAUAUGAAGGAUGUGGAUGGCGCGGUCAAGAUGGACUUUUGCCAGGUUUACUUUGGCUGUUAA